AUGGAGAACAUAGAUGCUUGUAGAGAUUUCAUCAAAGACGCUAGGCGUAUCAUCAUAAAGGUUGGGACUUCUGUGGUCACACGCCAAGAUGGAAGAGUAGCGGUUGGGAAAUUAGGGACACUAUGCGAGCAGAUUAAGGAGCUGAACUCUCUGGGUUAUGAGAUUAUUUUGGUGUCAUCUGGUGCUGUUGGCCUUGGUCGCCAAAGGCUCAGAUACAGGAAAUUAGUUAACAGCAGGUUAGGAUGGUUAUUAUCUUACUUUAAGAUACUUGACAUUGAUGUUUUACUCCUUUCUCUAACUGCCCUGCAGCUGGAUGUGACAUCUGCUCAGCUUCUUGUGACGGACAAUGAUUUUAGAGACAGGGAUUUCAGAAAGCAACUUACUGAAACUGUGAAAUCAUUGUUAGCAUUAAAAGUUAUUCCCAUAUUCAACGAGAAUGAUGCAGUUAGUACUAGGAAAUCUCCAUAUGAGGAUUCUUCUGGCAUAUUUUGGGAUAAUGACAGUUUAUCAGCUUUAUUGGCCUUGGAGUUAGAAGCUGAUCUUCUUAUUUUGUUGAGUGAUGUAGAGGGUCUUUAUAGUGGCCCUCCAAGUGAUCCACGCUCAAAGCUUAUUCAUACAUACAUUAAGGAAAAGCAUCAAAAUGAAAUUACUUUUGGAGACAAGUCUAGGGUGGGAAGAGGUGGAAUGACAGCCAAAGUAAAAGCUUCUAUUCAUGCGGCUGAAGCUGGCAUUCCAGUUAUCAUUACCAGUGGUUAUUCAGCUGAAAAUAUCAUUAAAGUCCUCCAAGGACAACGAAUUGGAACCCUCUUCCAUAAAGAUGUGCAUAUGUGGGCCCCAGUAAAAGAGGUUGAUGCACGUGAGAUGGCAGUUGCGGCUAGGGACUGUUCCAGACGGCUUCAGGCCUUGUCUUCAGAAGAGAGGAAACAAAUUUUACUAAAAAUAGCUGAUGCCCUGGAAGCACAUCAAAAAGAGAUAAGGAUUGAAAAUGAAGCUGAUAUUGCUGCUGCACAACAAGCAGGAUAUGAAAAUUCCUUGGUUGCUAGGCUGGCUUUGAAGAAUGAGAAGCUUGCAAACCUUGCCAACAACAUACGAAUUAUUGCAAACAUGGAAGAUCCGAUUGGUCGAGUGCUAAAACGAACUGAGCUUGCAGAUGGGCUAAUUUUAGAGAAAACAUCAUCUCCUUUGGGAGUUCUUUUAAUUGUUUUUGAGUCUCGCCCUGAUGCAUUAGUUCAGAUAGCUUCCUUGGCAAUCAGAAGUGGGAAUGGGCUUCUCUUGAAAGGAGGCAAGGAGGCUAAGCGAUCAAAUGGAAUUUUGCACAAAGUAAUUACUGAAGCCUUACCAGAUACUGUUGGUGCAAAACUUAUUGGACUUGUGACGUCAAGAGCAGAAAUUCCUGAGCUGCUUAAGCUUGAUGAUGUGAUUGAUCUGGUGAUCCCAAGAGGCAGCAACAAACUUAUCUCUCAGAUCAAGAGUACCACUAAAAUUCCUGUUCUGGGUCAUGCUGAUGGAAUUUGUCACGUCUAUGUCGAUAAAUCUGCUAAUAUGGAGAUGGCAAGGCGGAUUGUACUAGAUGCAAAAAUAGAUUAUCCAGCAGGCUGCAAUGCCAUGGAAACACUUCUUGUUCACAAGGACUUAAUAGAGAAAGGUUGGCUUAGUGAUAUUGUUGUUGACCUACGGACAGAAGGUGUAACAUUAUAUGGAGGACCAAAGGCAAGUUCUCUGUUAAAUAUUCCACAGGCACGUUCAUUUCAUCAUGAGUACAGUUCGUUGGCUUGCACUAUUGAAAUUUUGGAUGAUGUUUAUGCAGCUAUUGAUCAUAUAAAUAUUCAUGGAAGUGCACAUACUGAUUCCAUCGUCGCAGAAGAUCAAGAAGUAGCUGAUGCGUUUCUAAACCAAGUAGACAGUGCUGCUGUUUUUCACAAUGCUAGUACAAGAUUCAGUGACGGGGCACGAUUUGGACUAGGUGCAGAGGUUGGAAUAAGUACAAGCAGGAUUCAUGCUCGGGGUCCGGUAGGAGUUGAUGGAUUGUUAACAACCAGAUGGAUUCUCAAAGGAAGUGGAGAAGUAGUAGAUGGUGACAAAGCAGUUAGCUACACCCACAAAGACCUUGCUACUUGAUAUGUAACUUUUGCAAAUAAAAUUCACAUCACUCUUCAUGCAGGGAAGGUCACUAGGCUGUGCUUUAUUUUCCUUGGUCUUUUCUUCUGUCUUGAGAGUGGAGCUAAAAUUGUACAAUUCAGUAGAGGGGGAGUGAUAUUUGUGUUAUGUAUUGCUGCUUUUCUAUUC